UCUUCUUCAUCCACAACCAACUCGCCGCCGUGCAUCACUUUGUCUCGAGUAACUCUUACAUUUAACCACGUCUAAAAGAAAAGCCGCACACUUGUCUCUGACUCAGUCCUGACAGUCAGGACUGCAUUCAUGGUCAUUAUUUAGCCCUCCCAAGUCUGCUUUAAUUAUGUUUCACGUGAAGAAGCGUUCGUGAAGCUUAGCACUCACGGGGCAAAAAUGACGCCGGCUCUGUGAAGGAAACAAGCGCGUAAAGACAUCUGCGCAAAGUUGGCCAUGGCAGCUCUCCGGCGGAAGUUCGGCGAGGAUUAUCACCAGGUGGUGAACCCGGACCGCGGCGGCGCGUUCUCGGCUCCGGUGAAGAAAAAGCGGCAACGCUUUGUGGAGAAAAACGGCCGCUGUAACGUACAGCACGGCAACCUCGGCGGCGAGACGAGCCGCUACUUGUCCGACCUCUUCACCACGCUGGUGGACCUGAAGUGGCGCUGGAACUUGCUUAUCUUCAUCCUGACCUACACGGUGGCCUGGCUGGUCAUGGCGUUCAUGUGGUGGCUGAUCGCAUACGUGCGCGGCGACCUGGAGCGCGCGCGCGACUCGUCCUACAUGCCGUGUGUGGCCAACGUGUACAAUUUCCCGUCAGCUUUCCUCUUCUUUAUCGAGACCGAGGCGACCAUAGGCUACGGCUACCGCUACAUCACAGAGAAGUGCCCCGAGGGCAUCAUUCUGUUCCUGUUCCAAUCGCUGCUCGGCUCCAUAGUGGACGCCUUCCUCAUCGGCUGCAUGUUCAUUAAGAUGUCGCAGCCGAAAAAACGCGCCGAGACGCUCAUGUUCAGCCAGGACGCCGUGAUCUCGCAGCGCGACGGCAAACUCUGCCUCAUGUUCCGCGUGGGCAACCUGCGCAACAGCCACAUGGUCUCGGCGCAAAUCCGGUGCAAACUCAUCAAGUCUCGUCAGACUCCUGAGGGUGAGUUCUUGCCGUUGGACCAGUGUGAGCUGGAUGUGGGAUUUGGGACAGGAGCUGAUCAGCUCUUCCUCGUCUCUCCUCUGACCAUCUGCCACGAGAUCAAUCCUAAGAGUCCAUUCUUUGACCUCUCGCAGAGAUCGCUCAUGAACGAGCAGUUCGAGAUCGUCGUCAUCUUAGAGGGCAUUGUGGAGACCACCGGUAUGACAUGCCAGGCUCGCACUUCCUACACAGAGGACGAGGUGUUGUGGGGACACCGCUUCUUACCCGUCAUGUCUCUAGAGGAGGGCUUCUUCCGCGUGGACUACUCACAGUUUCACAAUACGUUUGAGGUUCCUACGCCACCUUACAGUGUCAAAGAGCAUGAGGAAAAACAUUCGCUUCCUUCUCCACUCACUGUGCCACACCGCGAACGCGUCUUCUCUGUUAACUGCUUGGAAUUGGGAGAAGAGCGGCCCAGCCUUGGAGGAAGUGCCUCCUGCAGGCUUCCCAGUAAGCUUCAGAGGAUGAGCUCGUCCGGGAAAGAGGAGCUGCCUAAGAUGGUUCUGCGUUUGAGCUCCCAGGCCUCGGAGAAGGCUUCCAGCACAGGCGACUUGCCCCUUAAACUGCAGCGCAUGGGCUCUGGUCCCGGCCAAUCAGACGACUUCCAUCUCAAAGCUCUCAGGGUGGAACCCAUGACCAUGUCCACCGGAGACCUCCAGCAGAGGAGGCUGCCCCCAAUGCCUUCUCCCAUCACCCUACCACACAAUCACGCUCCUCCACACACUCCUCUGCCCUCAUCUGGAUCCAGAAUGGAGGAUAAGCUGCCUGCUAAACUGAGGAGGAUGAACGCUGACCGCUGAGGUCACACCGACUUUGUUCUUUGUUGCUGAUCCGGGAUUUGACACGAUUCAGGUCCUGCAUCAGCAUGAAAGAACAACUAAUACUAACAUACAUAGUGCAUAUAAAAGAUGUCAGAGGUCAUGGAUGAACUGCAAAUAAAAUCCUGACAGAAAGAUGGAGAAGUGGAUGGACUGAUCCAUGCAUGAACAGCGGGGGGGUAUUGUGCGUGUUUGUUUAUGUCCAUUUCACACACUACCAGACUCUAGAAGGGACUCCUGUUAUUUUGGUCCGUUUGCACCAACAGGUCAGAACAGUUAAAGAUAAGAAAUAAAGCACUUUACUUCAGUUACGUUAAGUAAAGCUGCUAGUUAGUAUCCAGACAGAACUUGCCCACAUUUCUACAUUUAACACACUUUUAUUUUUCAAUGUGAUGGUUUGUACAGUUACUCGAUGCACCUCAGUGUCCAGGGAUGUCCAGAGAACAAUCGAAACGAUUCACGAUUCCAAAACUCAUUUUGAAACCCUGUAUCAUGUAUACAGUAUAGGCAGAAAACUAGCUUACAGAGAAGACAGAAGCUCCUAAAAGAAAAGAGUUCAUAACUUGCGAAUAUUUUUAGUUUGCAAAUGUCACUAAAAACUUUCGAGAAAGGUUUUCAGCUCUGAUGUUUGAUACAUCUGAGCCAGGCAAAUUACUUUAGCCAAGAAAUUUGCAAAUCCUUCAGCAUAAAUGACUAAAAAGCAUAAAAGUACUGUAUCAUAUAUUGUAUAGAUAGACUGAUCUAAAUAGUUUAAUCUCUCUAUCUAAAUCUAUGAGAAAAUUAUACACUUGGAAAAUUCUUCAACUUGGUGAUAAUCAGUUCUGAACAUAAGGGACCGUCAACAAAGUACAUGCAAUUAAAAUGCGUGAUCUGUGAAAAUACCAAACCUUCGUUAUUAAUGACUCUAUAUACAAUCUAUAAACAAUUUCAGUAACCGAAGUGGCUGUGGACCUUAACUAGCUCAAUCAAAUGCAGCAUAAAUGUCGCCUGUUUUCAAGAAUUAAUAUGUGCAGAGUUUCACUGAAACACUCAUCGACCCAUGAACAAUUUGACAACGGUCCCUUAAUAUCCAUUUAAGACCUAACAAAUACCAGUGAAACAUUAACACAGCUACUAAACAUAGUCUAAAUAUGAGUAAGGUGUUUGAAUGAAACCCUUUUGAAUAUUAAUGUUAUUGGACACGUGAAUGUGUAGCAAAAUAACGCAUACAAAGCUCGUUUUACCUUCAUCGCUGCAGAAAUGAAGGUCCUAAAUAUCAUGAAUGGUUUAUUAUGUUCUUGUUUUUAUAUUGUGCAGCUUCUGGGUAAUAACCGCUGCCUUAUACUAAUGUAUUUAGCAGGAAUGAUUGCAAAGCCUGGAGUGUUUCUUUCACGCUACAGUUUCCAUAAAAGACAAAAAAAAGUCCUCUUUAGUGACACAAGAAAGGAAAUAUCAGUUUGGAAAAUUCCUCCAAAUCACAUUAGUCGCUGACUGAUUAUGUUGAUGUCAACUCGAGUUCGUUAUGAAUACGACGGAUUGCAGCCGCCUUUAGAUUUGAGGAUCUGCUGUUUAUGUUGGUCACCAUGGCAAAGACUUAUAGCUUAUAAUACCUGUGUAUAACUAGUAACAAUAAAUAUAAUAUUAUAUAAUAUAAUAUAUGACUAGCUGAUGUAGCAGAUUUAAUUUCCACCCCGAAAGCUAUUAAAGCUAUUAACUUGUUGGUGCGACGGACCCCUAGCAUUCUAGCGCGCGUGCGCACACACACACACAAACACACACACACGCACACUAACAAACCAUGUGUGCAUGCAGUUACACUUCACCAUCUCUGUGUAGCACUGUCUCUCCUCAUAGUCCAUUAGAUUGGAUAUGAAUAAAUUAUAUUUAA